AAUAUUUCAGAUGAAGAUCCGAGAUAAAAACAAUCAACAAAAACUUAAAUAUUAUUAAAAUGGAUAAGAAAAAAAACACGCUUUACGGACAAUGCCGAUUUUGCUUACUAAACGGUCACCAUAAAGAUAUUAUGAAGGAAUACUAUGUGAACGGCUCGCGAGAAGUUUACAUUGAUAUAUUUAUGGAAUGCUUUAAUUUAUAUCUGUCCACUAAUAACAUACUGAGCACACUUAUAUGUGCAUCCUGCGUGCAACGCUUACGGGAAGCCAAUGACUUUCGCACAAUGGUUGUCAACACGGAGCAGCAGUUAUUGGCCACGCUCAACGAGAAGGAUACAGUUUUUAUUAAUGUGGGCGACCUCCAUGGUCUCGAGAUCAAGGUGGAGCCGCAAGCGGUUAAAUUGGAGCCAGCGGAGAAUAUCAUAGACUGUGACUAUACUUCGUACGAAGAAGCGGAUGAAAAUGAGCCGCAACAUUUUGAGGGAGAUGAGGAAGAUAUCGAUCGAGAGGCAGAAUUCUUGAAGAGGUUUCGGCACAGCACGUUCAGACUGCCCACUAGGAUGAGUCUGUAUUCCACGCCGCUACAAGGUUACGCCGCACAUUUGGAUAUGUUACGAGGUAAACUGAUCGUACCAAAAACAAUAGAGGCGUUGCUCCAGGAAGAGCAGGAGAGAGGUUCUGGCGUGAAGAUCUACAUCACGGAGAAGGUAGCGCACAUUCAAAACGCAUCGAUAAUUCUAGAACAUUCCAACGUCACCCCGUUCAAAAGCAGGAACAAGUCCGGCUUCCCGUGCUUCUAUUGCAGGAACAUAUUCGAGAAUUUGGACAAGCUAAGAGAUCACCAACAGAAAAGCCACCAGAAGUCGGAAAUCAAGAAAGUUCUCGGCACAUACGGCGCCGAAUGCCUGAUCGUUUAUGUCGAUAUAACAGAUUUGAACUGUUCCCUGUGUUACGAGUCGAUGCAGAAUAUAAACGAGCUGAAAUCCCAUCUGACGAAGAUGCACAACAAGAAGUUUCACGCAGAAUAUCCUGAUCGGGUGAUACCUUUCAAACUGUCCACUAAUAACGUUUACGAGUGCCAAGUUUGCGGUUUUAACUUCGAAACGUUCGGUUCGAUAGAACGGCAUAUGAACGUGCAUUACAGGAACUGCGUUUGCAGCCAGUGCGGUACGGGCUUCGUCACAAAAUACCGUUUGAAAGUCCACAUUAAAAGCAUGCAUAUUGGCGGCACCUUCCCAUGUGACAUAUGCAAGAAAGUGUACACGACACAGCAGAAACAUAAAAACCACGUAGAUACCGUCCACAAAAUGGUUAAACGCUUCAAAUGUCCAAAAUGUCCUGAAAGAUUCACUGAGUAUUUCAGACGCCAGAAGCAUCUAGUCGAAAUCCACGGUGUUGCUCCAUUGAGAUACAAAUGUAACGUGUGCGAUAAGGCUUUCGAGAGAAGGUAUACGCUUUCGAGGCAUAUGAAAAGGGAUCAUUUGGAAGAGAGGGAUUUCCAGUGCCAGUUAUGCGCCUACAAGUGUUUCACCAACGUUGAACUGAAGGUGCACAUGGUUAAACACAAUGGGGAAAGGAUCUUCGAGUGUUCCGUUUGCAAGAAGUCGUACGCGCGGAAGAAAACUCUAAAAGAACAUAUGCGGAUUCAUAACAAUGACAGGAGAUUCGCGUGUGCUGUUUGCGGGCAAACUUUCGUGCAGAAAUGCAGUCUUAAAGGUCACAUCAAGACUCACCACGCCGAAUAUAGUCUGCCUUAACUCUAUUGUCUUUGAGCUGGAUGCGUUGAACUAUGAAGAGUUUAUGUGGAGAAGACAAAUCGGACAUAUGGUCCGGAAGUAUGCCAAAAAAGCCCAUACACUCAAAGCGAUAGAUAGAUAAAGUAUCUCUACGUGAUCUAAUCAGAAUCGGAAUCCUUAACGUAGCAGAAUUCCUCACAUUUAGAUUUUCGAAGCUAUAUUUGCCUUGGUUAAUCACGUAGUAUUGACUGAAUGACCGAAAGACGGUAGAUAGAUAUAGUAUCUCCAAGCGAUCAAAUCAGAUAUGUCCUUGAAAGUAACAGAAUUCCUUACAGCUUAUCAAGUUCCGAUGCCUUAGGUGACUUGGUGAAUCACGUAGUACCAUUGACUGAAUGUCCAAAAAGGCGAUGAAUAGAUAAAGUAUCUCUUGUGACAAGACGGUAUCCUUAAAGGUAGCCGAAUUCCCUACAGCAUAAUGUCUAGUUUCGAUGCUGUAAUGGCCUUGAAGUAUCACCUAGUACGAUUGACAUGACCGAAAAGGCGAUAGAUACAUAAAGUAUGAUAAAACCUAAAAUGGAAUAAGAAGAAAGAGAGAGGAGAGAAAAUUUGAAGAAUUCCGCAUCAGUACAUGUUGAGUACCAAAGCUAAACUGUCCUUAAUAAAUCACGUAGUAUUGACUGAAUGACCGAAAAGGCGAUAGACAGAUAAAGUAUCUAUCUCUACGUGAUCACAUCAGAAGUGGGAUAUUGAGAUAGCAAUUCUUGACAUAUAGAGUUGGAAGCUAAAGUGGCCUUGGUGAAGUACACAGAACUAUUGAUUUGAUGGCUGACAAUGCUAAGCAAGUUAGAUACAAAGACUGGUUCCAUGUCUGCACAAGAUCUUUGCAGGCGAACACGAGA